AUGUUUCAUAUACACCACACUUACCAUGGGCGCGUAGAAUCAUCAACCACGACCUUGUCCUGCUCUAGCUUGGCGGCACAAGACUCCGAGAAGCAGCGUCAGUACGGUCAGCGUUGCGCGCUGCUACGAGAAGAGCGAUACAGGCGCGGCUCAGUAGGCGCGCUGGAGAAUAACGAGUGGGAGGAGCUCUGCAAUGUGUGCGCUGAUGAGUUGGGGGAAGAGUGGGAGCGAGAAGUCGCAAGAGAAAACAACAAUGCAAGUCCUACAGAGCCAUGUCGUCCGCGGUACGCCUAUCGGUACAGGGCAGGAACAACGGUGUCUGUGCUGCCAGUAGACCAAUCGACGGAGGCCCUCAAUGGGGGUCUCACUGCCGCAGUCACCUCUGUCAAUGCCGAAGAGAAUCAGCUGAGGCUGUGGGAGUGGGAGAACCGUGCCGACUUACAGGAAUGGGAACUUGGCGAGCGACAGGAGAUGGCCCAGACAAUGCAGAGCAUCCUGGUGGCGCAGCGCGAGCUCGAGCUUGCCCAUCUGGAAAGUGUGUGCAGGCAUGUGAUGAGCGGGACGACGGCGCUCGACUGGACGUCGUACCCACGCUACGACGGGUCGGAGCUGCUCUCAUGA